AUGAAUGUCUACCACUUCGGCUGCACGGCUACCUGGUCAGAGGGACCGCCUUCUGAUCUCCCAAAGACUGAAGAGGAAGCGCUUGCUCAUAUUGAUGAGCUUUAUCAGUCCGGUGUACCCUUCUUCACCAAGGAGAUGAUGCGCUCAGCCAUGAAAGAGAUCCGGCGUCCACUCACCAAUAAAGACAAGGUUCACCUAAAAGACAUGAACGGUGCGGUGGUGGCGUAUCAGAUGGACCUUGGAAACAUUGAGGAAUUCCCCAACUCGGAUGACUCUAAGCGUGAACUUGAAUAUCUACUCACAAGCGCCGUGAUUGAGUACAAUUGUCGUGCAGAAAUGCGACAUUCCAUAUUCUGGCAAGGUUACGAUCCAAAGAUACCCUAUUUCUGUCCUUUGUCCAUCAGCAACAACGCUUCGGUCCGAGACAAAGCUACUAAGGAAAUGGUCGCUUUUCCCGCUGCCCUGCCAGACGAGGUCUCAGGCUACUUCAAAGAAGAUCUUGACGCAUGGAACAAGACGGAGAUGUGCUCUAAUGUCAAACGGAUCCUGAACUCGGCGGCCAAACACCUGGAGAUAAAGAAGGUUGUCGCUGUCUCGCUGGAUAGUGUGAGCAGAUAUCGUGAAUGGGAACGUGAAUGGAAGCAGGAAGGUCGCAAUGGAUAUCAGCACGGUCUAGCUCUUACUCUGCGCGACUGGGUUAAAGAGAAAAACUCUGGUGCCGAUGUUCCCUGUUUCUUACAGGAUCCGGCCUACCUAGACCCUGAUAAGGAGGUUCUGCCUGAAUACGGUUUCCAGAUUGUCGAUGAUCCUGAGGCAUGGUUGGAGAUGGACGAUUUCUCCGUUGUGAUUUCAAUCUCCUCGAAUGUUCCUACUAAGGAAAUUAUUGCGGAUCUUGCGCGCCCUGCGGUGGUUAUCUGUGACCGAAUUGAUAAUGAGGACUAUGACAAGCGAUGCGGAGGAUCAGUGUAA